UUGCCUUGCGAUCACCGUCGCCAAUCGCAUGGAAGGUAACUCCGGGGGUACGCAAUUUUAAAGGUGAUAAAGAUCCGUGUUGGACCGGACACCACGGUCUUUAAAACGAAGGGGAAACCCACGAAAGGGCAUGCAACAUUCGCGGAAACCCUCGAGGCGGGAUCAUCUAUUUCGUUCCUCGCUUCGUCGUUGCGGCGGCCGGUUUUUCUCUCCUUCUCUGGGUGGAGUGUCAUCUAGUCAGGUAACGCCGAUUAUGUCCUUCUUCGCUUUAGUCGAUCCUUUUGUUCUUCCUUCUCCUCUUGUCCUUUUCUUCUUCUUCUUUCUCCUUUUCUUUCUGGAUUUUGUGGUUUAUUUUUUGAGAAAGAGUAUCUGGUUUCAUGAAAUAUGUGGUUACGGAUCGGAUGACCGAAUGAAUCGAUCUCUCUCACCCUGAACCCACUCCGGGUCUUCAUUGUCAGUGUUUAUUUCGGAAAGUUGGGAGUCUUUGAGAUUGGGGCGUGGAAGGUGGGCGCCUGAUGUCUCAUCCGCGGUCCUGGAUCUGGGAUUGUUGACGUUGUGAAGUCAUAUCCUGCAGAUGGUGUUGGUGGUGAUUUUCACUGACCAAUCGAAGACCGAUAUUUGCGGAGUGCUUGUAGACACAUGGUGAUAGUUUUGCCGAUUGGUUUGACUGAUUUAUCCUUGAAAUCUGGCUGCUUGACAAAAUCAAGAGAUCAGCUUGUGGCGUUUUGUCGACUAGAAGGAAGAAAAAGGAGGGGCCUUUGUGGUGGCUGCGGCUGCUCUUUAUCUGAAUGGAAAAUUCUUUUUUUCUAAGUGGCCAACAGAAGGAAGCUUUGUUUUUUGAUCCGUGAUAAUUGUGUUGUCGAUCGAUUACGAAGCUGGAAAUAUGACUAAAGAUUGUGGUUUUGGGCUAAGAAAAGGCAUCACUCGUUAAUCCUCUCUGGUAGUACUGCAUCUGACUAAGGUGGAGGAGUUGGUGGGCGAAAAGCUUCAUGGAGCUCUGCUAUAUGGUCUGAAUGCAGUGAAUCUCAGGUGCUUCAUUUCCUUUUUCCACUGCAUCAAAGAGAACUGGAGGAUAUUCUGUCCAGGAAAAAUUUGAAGAUAUGCCAGAAUCAGACAAUAAUAAGUUUGGACAUGAUCUUACAUCUCGCAAUUCUAGCAACUCUAUGUCAGGUGUGCCUAUCAAGAAAAGGCUAUUUCGUUUGACUCAACAUUCAUCUCCUAUUCCUCAAGAACCAGAUGUACCUGGACAAGAUUGUGGGCCCAUGUGCCUUGAACCAGAAUCUACUACUACAGAUAAUUUAACUCAUCCAACUUUUACCAUACUGCCUGAGCCACCUGCAUAUAAGGAGGAUAUUGAAAUGAAAUCUUCAAGUGUUAAAUAUGCAUACCUACCAAAUUCUCUAUGGCAAUUGACAUCAUCUUUAGAUGCAAAAAAUAAUACACACAACUUGGUUAAUCAAGUGAGAGCCGAAACAUGUUCGUCAGAUCUUCCCCUGGCUCCUCAGAAAACAUUUAGUGAAACAAAUGCAAAGGUUUGUGCUGCUAACAGUGUGACCAGGUUAAAUUUGGAUUUGAAUAUUCCGGUCAAUGUGUGGGAUGCUGCUGUGAAUGGAUCUGUUAUUGAAUGUAAUAUGCACAAAGUGUUGAAUGACAGUGAUAAGUGUCAAGAAAAGCUUGAGGCAUGCACUAAACAGACAAUUCCUCUGAGAAUUAAUGGGUCUGAUGUAACGCCGGCAAAGGCUGUUUCUGGGAGAGGUCAUUACGAUCAGAGGUUAUCCAAUUUAGGGAUGCCUGCUGAAAAGCAUAAGAGUGCAGAUCUUGGAUUAGAUUUGCAGCUUAAACCCCCGGGCAGACGAGAAUUAUGCAUUAAUUGGAGUGCUGUUGCUCCUGAUCUAAGCUUGUCUUUGAGAGGAAAUGUAUCAAAUUCAUCAAAGAAUAUAAAGCCAGAACCAUAUACAGGCAAAAGUGAUAAGGACUCUAUGAAUUGUCAUCUGGGUAAACCAAAUAUUGUAGGUUUAGGACAUGUAAAACCUGAACCAAGUAACCAAAAUUAUCAGGAUGAAACUGCCAAAAAGACUUUUGCCAGUGACCAGAAACAAGAAGCCAGGAGUUUAGUAAAAAUGGAGCCACCUAAAGAUCAAUCUAGAGAGUUCUACAAUAGACCUGCCGUUGGAAUGCUCAACACAGAGUCGGACAACAAUAAACCAACACAGCAUAUGGAAGUCUCAGGUACAGUUGAAGCCAUAGAUUUAAAUUCUGUCAUUGUUCCUGUUGAAAAGGUUUGUGAAGUUGAUGGCUUGGUGAUGAUUGUUAAUACAAACAUAAACACAGAUCAAAGAACUUGUGUGGCCUCAGCUUCUGUUGUAAAUUCAUCUUAUGUUGAAUCUUGUAAAGUUGAGGAGACACUUAAUAGCACUUGUAAUCUUGAACACGAGGAAGGAAGUGCUACAAAGGGAGCAGAUCUAAAUGCAGAUUCUGUCGUUUUGGGUGUUAAGGAGAACCUGGUGGGCUAUGUAAAUUCUGAAGAUUUUUGCAUGCCUUCUGAUCCAUAUCAUGAAUCUGCCGGACCUGUGGCAUUGGAUGGUAUGUCUGAAGGUUGUGCAGAAUUGGAUUGCUCAGAUGGUGAGUAUUACAUAUCAUCAAAAUCGGUUGCAGAAGGUAAACUUCAUUUGGAUUCCGCAGGAGAGACUUUAGUAGGUGAGAAAAAGCAGGAAAGCAUGGGUGUAUCUUCUGAGAUUCAAGAAAAUUCUGCCGACAGUCAAUCCCCAUAUGAUAGUCCUCAUUUUCAUAGAGAUGAAGUUCUUACACAUGGAGCUGACACUGGUGAUUUUAAAAACAGGAAUAUUCUCCUUCAUGGGGCAAUUGAGUCUUCCUGCGAUGAAGGAGAGAAAGCAGAUAAAGAUAGGGAUCUUGUCCCUUAUGGAGCGAUCGAGUCUUCCAGUGUGGAACGAGAGAAAGCAGAUAGUAAGAUUGCUGCCAGCUCAACUGCCCCAGAGGAUGUUACUUUUACUUUCAAGAUGCCAUCGACUUUGGUGGUCAGUAAUGAAACACAGUUACAAGUUUCGGAUGCAAGGACUAGUCGUAGUGAUGAAACUUCUGAUGGCAAUUUGUGCAAUGAUAAAAAUGAUACAGGCUCUAGUUUAACAACUGAUUUGCUCGAGUCAUCAGGUGGGAGGGUGCCAACAGUUUCAAGUGGGACAAGACCUACAAAACCAUCGGAAAAAGCAAAUAGGAAGGUAAAAGGCUCACUCAUAAAGUCAAGGUCUGCUGGAUCAUCCAGCUCAGAAGUUGUGAAAACUAGCAAGGACGAUAUAAGUAGCCAACAGGUUAAAGCUAAAGAGGCUGAUGUACCUGUUAGUAAUCCGUUGUCAUCAGAGCUGGAGUUAGAUACCAAUGGUCUGGCUGAUCAGCAUGUUGAUAAUAUGGGUAAAUCUAAUCAGAUUAGGAAGGUAAGUUCAUUAGUUACCAACAAGUCAUCCUUUGAAAAGAUGAAAUUGAGUUCCUCUAGGCUAGUUAUUUCACAAACUGACAGGGUAGGGUUGAUCGAUAAAUCACACAGAUGGGAGAGGUCACACUCCCAAGGUUGCAGGGGUGAGAGGUGCAAUGAUAGGUUUCUGAAAUACAGAAGCAAUGAUAAAGAUCAACCGACUCGAAAACGUAGUUAUGGUUUGGUGAACACCAGAAGGGAUGGCAACCAAAUGAGUGUUUAUGGUCGAGAUUCUGGCCCUCGAUAUGCACCAAAAGUUAACGAUUCAAAAGGUUACAGAUUUUUUAGGCCUUGUAGCGACCAAGAGGGUCCCUUGAGAAUUGUGGCGGAUGCUUCUGUUGGAAGUACUGGUAACAGCUUCAGAAGAUUCAUGGAUGAUGAGCAACCACAUAGGACUCGUUUUCCAUAUAGGAGGCAUUCUCCUGGGGCCUGUGAUAGAGGUGUUCAAAUUUCUGGCCGCCCCUCAAGGGAAGUCAGUCCCAGCAGGUCCGCUGGGAGACAUGUUCCAGACAUUCCCAUCAGUUGCUUGCCAAAUGAAAUGAUAGACCCCUUUUUAUAUGCAGACCCAUGUGUGAAAUAUGAGCAAGCUGAGAAUCAUUCCAUGUGGAGAGAAAGAAGCCUUUCACCUACUCAGAGGAGGGGUACUCCCAUACAUUUUCCCCGAAUGCGCUCUCCUUAUCAGUUUUCUCCACCUCGAAGAUCACCUGACAUGGGUUACGGGGGACAUCCGGAAUUGAUGCAACACAGGUCGCCACCAGUUGUCAAAAUUGACCAGAUGCGAUCACCUCCACGACGCCUUUGUUUACCAGAAUAUGCGAUGGUCAGAAAUGAUUUGCCUCACUCUCGCCUGCCUAAUGACAUGAGAGAAAUGCAAGAACUGGAUUUGCCAAGGCCUGGUAGGGGCUCUCAAAGGAACAUCAGGAGGUUUGAUUUGAGUGAUCAACAAGAAGUUACAGAGGAUUACUUUGGAUCUUUGCACUUUGCCCAGCCUCUUCCACUUGCACAUGCAGAAGAUGAGCUUCUGGCUAGAAGGAAGUUUGAUGCCAAUUGUUCUUAUCAACGGUCUUAUGGAGAUCACCACCCCGUAGGUGGUGAUAGGGAGGAGCCUUUUCUCUAUCCUGGUGACUGUAGUCCUGCUAGAUGUAGUCCUGCUAGACCUGUGAGGUUUUACCCCAAAAGAGAAGGCUUCUCCAAUAGAGUCAGCCUAAGGAGCCCUGUGAUGCGAAUGAAAAAUCAACUGGGAAGCACCACAAACAGAUCAAGAAGUAUGGCUGAACAAGAAGAUUAUAGAAACCGAAGCCAACCAGCAUGGCGUGACGAUAGUUUUAACGACAUUCGGCUAAAGAAGAGAAGAGUCUAACAGUGAGAUGUGUCAUUUUCGGUGACUAGGCUGCCUGCUGGUCAUUUAAUAACAAAUCCUGCUGUACAGUUCUGGAACCACACUGACUUGUAUAGUUCUUGCUGACAAGAUUAACUUGGACUUGAAGAAGCACAAAAGGCGGGCCUUGACAAAUCUUCCUUGUAUAGUUCUACCACAUGGACUAAAAGGUUAUGUCAGACGUUUAAGAUUGAGAGCUAGCGGUCUGUGGCAGCCAUCUGUUCUGGCUCAAGCAACACUACCACUCUUCUUGCUAUAUUCGAUAGGUUGCCAUUUUUAUCUAAUUUAUCACAGAGCUGAUUCACACAUACAUCCCGAUAUCUGCUAUGGUGAUUGAGCAAUGCCCUGCUUUGUCGAUGACGUCUUGAAUCUGGAGGAUGAGAACAAUGCAGGUAUCUUGUAUACUGCACAUUGCAUAAAUGAACCUGACCAUGGCAGUUUCCUUCCACAUCUGCUGCUGUUUUUUGAUUGCUUGCUCAUCACCUUGGCCGGUGGGUUUACGACUGGAAAGGAAAUCGAAUUCCUUGGUAGUUGAAUGGAUUGUUGGUUGGCAUUGUCUGCCUGGAAUUAUAAGCAAUUUCUUCAUGCAGUGAUGGCUCGGAGGAUAUAAAAUGGAAAGUAGUAAUCAUCCAAACAAGUUGAGCUUGGUUGGUCUCCUAAUAAACUUGAAUUGAGCAAGUGAAUAGACUGACAUGCCUUUAAAUUGCGAAUUACGUUGUUAGACUGGCAGUAACAGCCCUUCAAGGCGCGCCGAACACAUUGCAAUCUCUCCUGCAACCUGUCUUUGCUGUGUAUUAUGCUUGAUGAGAAAGGACAGCAGCAGAAAUGAUAGUAACGAUGUGGUGGCGUAUACUCUAAUCGUGGAAGCUCUUCUACGGCAGAACGAGGAAGCAGCAGUGUCACCACUGGUCGAGCACGAUGACUUGCGAACUGUUAUUUAUCGAUCAUUUUCCCUCAUUAAAUAUACAUGAAAAGGAGAAAUAAAGGAAGCUUCAUCCAACUUAUCGAGAAAGAAAUAACACAAUGAAAGACGAUUCCUUGCUGACAGUGGCCGGCAAAUUCUCCCCCUUCUUACUCCUUGCGGACCGUGUGGAAGUGCUCCGGCGAGAGGUGGAGCAGCUCAUGCACUAAUAACAAUAAGUGGCUUGCAGCCGUUUCCAUCUCCCAAAUCCAAUGUCUCAGUUUUCUCCGACAGAUGACUGUAGCAAAGCCAACAGAGUGAGGUGUCGAUGAGCCAGCAAUUGGAAGUCCGUGGCAUGCUUGCCAUGGUGCUUACUCUAGUGACGAGUACACGAAUUCGUGGCAUGUGAAUCUUUCCACCCUUAAAUCCCCCAGAGGAAUACACAGACUGUGUCACAGUCACACGUAAGAAACACACUGAGAAAGGCAAACGUUCACGUGAUGAAUGCUUCCUCCUUAUCUACCUCUCGUUGGUUCUUGUUUGGUUCUCCAUCGUAAGGAGCCUUCCACUCCAGAGGAGGAGAGGAGGGAGCCAUGAGCUUCGGGAGCAAGUCUUCUGUGAGCUGCGCAGACGCUCGUUGGCCGGUUAGACCAAGCUACAAGUGGCCGGAGUCCGACGCCGAGUUCGUGAAGUCGAUGGCAGGAAGAAGGGGUGAAAGAGGCAGCCAUCGCGAUGGGAGGAAGAAGUGGAGUCCGAGUCCGAUGGUGGUGGAUAGCUAUUCCUGCCGGCAGAUGUACCUGAGGAGCUACACCUUCUCCAAGGAGGAGACUGUCACGGAGAAGGCACGGCAGUGCCUCGGGAAAGUCAAGGAGCGAGCUGCUCUUCUGUUCCCUUUUCUCCAGCAGAAUUCUGAGAGCGGCAAUGAAAUGAACGGACGUAACAGCAGGAGGAAGAAGAAGAAGAAGAAGAAGGGUUGCGGAACAGACAGGAAGCUGAGAGAGUUCUCCUACUCGGCACUGUUCUCCAUUUUCUACCGAUUCCUCUUGUGCACCACUGGCGUCGAAAUUGCUGACCGAAGAUAAACCAACGUGUUAAUUUUGCUAGAUCUCUCUCCAUACAAGUACAAAUUUGUUCUAUGUAUUCUCAGAAGCUGGUGUUUUGUAUCUGUGUAUCGUACUAAAAUAUCAGAAUUAAGAGUCGCAAUAUUACUUUUA